GGGCUCGACCUCUCUUCCCCUAACCCACUUCAGUCAGGAUCAGAAAGACACAUCCCUUCAUUGCUGCUGUCUAAAAUCCAUGCCCAAGCGAGUGUCUCCAUAGAGCUAAUUUCUGAAACAAACAAAGAAAAUCAAGUCUGCGAGGAGCGAGGGUUUGCUCCCCUCUGCUCCGGAUUUGGGUGUCCAGGGUAGCGGGCGCGGCACGGCAAACAGGUCGGGGCGCUCAGCUUCACCCCAGCCUUCUCCGCCCCGCCAGCCCCUGCUCCAGCUGCGCCAGAAAGUGCGAGCCUGCCCGCUCCUUUCGCUUUUCGCCCGCUGCACCCCAAGCCCCAGAACACCCGCGUCCGCACACUAAGGGCACCACUGCUCUCCCACCUCUGCGCUGUCAGAUGUCAGGCGCGGAGGUGCUCUGGGGACCGAGGUGCUGGCGAACCAAACAAGUGUCACCCCGGACGCCUGCCCCCACUCCGAGAGAGCGGGCGGGACGGCCACAGGCUUGAUUGAACAUGUCAGUGACAGGGGCACCAGCUGCACAACCCUAGGAGCCACCAAACACCGUUUAUUCUAUAUAAAUGUUGCUGCCAGGAGCCCCAGUUCAAACUACAAUGGAAAUAUAAUCAUUUGAAAAUACGAGACAAAUAAAAAAAGAUCAACAGAAUGCUUAGCAAUACCCUGAGAGAUGGUUGGUGCCAUGUGGAAGGUGAUUGUUUCGCUGGUCCUGUUGAUGCCUGGCCCCUGCGAUGGGCUAUUUCGCUCCCUAUACAGAAGUGUUUCCAUGCCGCCUAAGGCAGACGCGGGACAGCCAUUAUUUCUCACCCAUUACAUUGAAGCUGGGAAGAUCCAAGAAGGAAGAGAAUUGAGUUUGGUUAGUCCUUUCCCAGGACUGAACAUGAAGAGUUACACUGGCUUCCUCACCGUGAAUAAGACUUACAACAGCAACCUCUUCUGGUGGUUCUUCCCGGCUCAGAUACAGCCAGAAGAUGCCCCAGUAGUUCUCUGGCUACAGGGUGGGCCGGGAGGUUCAUCCAUGUUUGGACUCUUUGUGGAACAUGGGCCUUAUGUUGUCACAAGUAACAUGACCUUGCGUGACAGAGACUUCCCCUGGACCACAACGCUCUCCAUGCUUUACAUUGACAAUCCAGUGGGCACAGGCUUCAGUUUUACUGAUGAUACCCACGGAUAUGCAGUCAGUGAGGAUGAUGUAGCACGGGAUUUAUACAGUGCACUAAUUCAGUUUUUCCAGAUAUUUCCUGAAUAUAAAAAUAAUGACUUUUAUGUCACUGGGGAGUCUUAUGCAGGGAAAUACGUGCCAGCCAUUGCACACCUCAUCCAUUCCCUCAACCCUGUGAGAGAGGUGAAGAUCAACCUGAAAGGAAUUGCUAUCGGAGAUGGAUAUUCUGAUCCCGAAUCAAUUAUAGGGGGCUAUGCAGAAUUCCUGUACCAAAUUGGCUUGUUGGAUGAGAAGCAAAAAAAGUACUUCCAGAAGCAGUGCCACGAAUGCAUAGAACACAUCAGGAAGCAGAACUGGUUUCAGGCCUUUGAAAUACUGGAUAAACUACUAGAUGGCGACUUAACAAGUGAUCCUUCUUACUUCCAGAAUGUUACAGGAUGCAGUAAUUACUAUAACUUUUUGCGGUGCACGGAACCUGAGGAUCAGCUUUACUAUGUGAAAUUUUUGUCACUCCCAGAAGUAAGACAAGCCAUCCAUGUGGGAAAUCGGACUUUUAAUGAUGGAACUAUAGUUGGAAAGUACUUGCGAGAAGAUACAGUACAGUCAGUUAAGCCAUGGUUAACUGAAAUCAUGAAUAAUUAUAAGGUUCUGAUCUACAAUGGCCAACUGGACAUCAUCGUGGCAGCUGCCCUGACAGAGCGCUCCUUGAUGGGCAUGGACUGGAAAGGAUCCCAGGAAUACAAGAAGGCAUAAAAAAAAGUUUGGAAGAUCUUUAAAUCUGACAGUGAAGUGGCUGGUUACAUCCGGCAAGUGGGUGACUUCCAUCAGGAAGAGCACCUGACUUCAAGUCAACAAGACUUAGCGUGCCACUGUUCUGUGUGGUGGAGAUACAGCAAUGAGCAAGAUUGAAGACCCUUCCUCAAAGACAGUGCAUUCCCAUGAGAGGACUGGAAUAUUCCUCUGUUGGUUACAAGCUGAGACCUGCCAGCAAUAACAAACUGAUGGUUCCUGCUACAUUAUGCCCAAGAAAAGGAUUCUGGUAGAAGAGAUGUAAUUCAAAUUAGAUAUGCUAAGAUGAAAUCUUCUCAACUCUCUUCAUCUGUGGAUAAACAAACCAAAAGCGAAUGUAUAAUUCUGAAAAAUACUCCAUAUUGUUUUCUUCUUAAUAACUCAACUACUUAAGCCAGUGGUUGAGGAGUUGAAAAAAUAUAAAAUUUCAACCUCUGCUUUUCACAGUUAGAAAAAAGCUGAUUUAGUAGCUUAGAACUCCAACAACUGUUGGCCAAAUCCCACAUGAAGCUGUGCAGUGAUUCUUAAGUGGCUUUUUAGAAGACUCUCUCAUUUAUAAUGAAAAUAUAAACUAAAAUCCAGACUGCCAUAUGUAAUCUUUUCCCAGAGAGAAAAGCUUGCUCCAAAUUUGUUGACAGCUAAAGAGAAAGCCAGUGAGACUCCCAGCAGUAAAACUGGGCCAGGAUGAAAGAGGUAGAACUGAAUCCUUUGACCAAAAUUCAGAUGGAGACCUAUGUGUUUUCUGGGAUUUCUAUGAACCUGAACACAGGGAAUAUGUACCAGCAACAGGUAAAACUAAUUUGCGAUCAUGUCCAACCUGGAGCUUCUAACAGUUCAGUCUUGCAGUUCACAACUUGCAUGUGGAAUUCCAGUGAAAAGAAAAGUAAUAUGCAUUAAGAAAUCUCCAAUGUGCCAUUGAGGAUUUAGGGAUGAAAUUUCCAUGUUUUUCCUGUUUUGAUAGUUUUAAAAACCAGUUUUUGUUAAUGGUGUAUCUGAGCCAGCUGUGAACUUACCUGUGAAUGUGGCUAUCUAGAAAAUUAGCAAAUCAGUUACCAUUUAUCUUAGGUAAUGCUGUUUCAUGUAGUAAAUGAUCAGUACAAACUAUUUUUGUUCAACAUUACAGUGAAUAUAAAUGUUAUAUAUAAUCAAUAUAAAAUAUAAGUACUAAAACCUUUUCCUUUACAUGCCUUCUUUCUUUUUUCCACUGAGUACUUGGAAAAACAACCCUUGCACAUCUUCUAGGAUUCAGCCCCAUGAACAGAAAAUGCGAUUUAACAGCAUUUAAGCUUCUGAGAGUUAAAUGGAUCUGGCUAUUGAUUGCUUACCAGCAUUAGAGAAUGAGGAAGCUCGCUGUGGACUGAUAUGGAAGAAGCUAUGUAUCAUUCAGUGCUCAAACACAAAAGUAGAAACCACUCUAUAUAUCUCAAGCAGAGUAGCAUGGAACACAGGAAAUUGGUUAAAAACUGCUGGAAGCACUGAGGAGCAACAAAAGAAGGGGCUCUUACCCAAAGAGGCUGGGAAGCUGCCACCGUCCCUUGGCUGAAUCCUGCCGGGGAUACUCAGUGUUGAUCUUGCUGAAACUAUCCCCGGAUUGCUGGAGCCCAGAGCACAGGCAGUCCAGGCCAGCUGGGAAAAAUGGCUAAUCUUCUCCUCCCACACUAGAACCUAGCACCAGCGCCUCCCAUGAAACCAGCUGCAUGAGUGAGUCUGGGAAAGAAGAUGGAGGAUUAUCCAGAAGAGUGGACUUGGAUUUAAGAGUCAAGAGACACAAUCCAGCACAUCCACCCUUUUGCUACUUAGCAUCCACACAUUCCAUUGUACGCACCCUACGGCAACAUCACACUUCUUCCUCACAGAAUGCAACUGUAUUCCUCACACAGAUGAAUCCAAGUUCACUCUCUCCCUAAAACAGAUAAUUCAGAGUAAAACCCUGUAAGAUAGUGGCCUCAGCCACUGUAUUCAUCUCAGGGUAAUGUUGAAUUUUUUCGUCUUUCAGUCACCACUGCACCUUUUAUAAUGGAUGUUCUAAAGGUUAAGUUGUAAAAUCAACCACCAAUACUCAGUGUUAUGCAGAGUAAACAAAGAAGAAAAUGUGUGUAACUGCUACAGGUUUUGUUUUGGUGACUGGUAACAAAACUAGCUGACUGAUGAUGAUAAUAGUUAAAUAAUAAUUGAGAAUGAGCUUCUUCCAACGUCCAUUCCAUCUUCCUUUUACCUUCAGCCAGCACCUGAAGUUAGUUGUCUGGGGUUCUUUUCUUGGCAAGAUUAUUUAAACCUUCAUUUCUGAAGGGUCUAAGUCUUUAGUUGUCCUGCAGGUUGCAAUAUUAUUCCAGUAACUUUUACUCCUGGACAUGGAAGUGCUAAGAGGCACCCAGGAGAAUUUCCUGGGCUUCAGACAUAGUCCUCCCUGCCACCAUUGUGUGUCACGGCAACCCAAUUACUUCCUGGUAAUUCUGAUCAGUCACCCCAGCCAGAAAAGUAACCCUCUUCUUUGCCUGUCCAUUUAGUGGCAGAAGAAACUUGAAAUGGGCAGACAGAAGUAUCAAAUUCCAGUUCUGUGGAAUGUCAUUUUGUCCCCUAGAGGAAGCAUUCUCUCCUUGGAAUCAAGACCUUUAAACCAGCUGAUCUAUGUUUUGUAGAAGGAGGGCAAAUAUUCUGUGAGUGAUAUUCAGGAUGUGAUAGUGAGAGGAGUCACUCCCAUUUUUACCCCUUGACUCCCAGGGUGCUUGUCUCCCAGAGAGACACAGCACCAUUCAUUUGCUGAUUCAAAGCAUAAUCUAUUUGCAGUAAGAAAGCCACCUAGACUGCAGGCAGUUAUCUUCCAGAUGGUACCAUUUUUGAAACUUCAGUUGUCUAUUUCUAAAUUUUGUAAUGAUAACUACUUUUGGGUGCUGGGGUACAUGGUAAUCCAAUAAGUCCCAUGGGCAUGAUACCAAUGCUGUAUUACUUUUGCUGUAAAAUUAGUUCUUUGGUCACAAGCAAAGAACUUCUUUGGUCAUAGUCAUCAUGCUAUUGAAUAAGGCUCUGUGUUAAGUUCACAGAUGGUGGUACUGAUAAACCCACUGCAGACAGUGAAUGCACAGCAUAUUUAGAAAUAGUGUCCCAGCCUGGGCAACAUAGCGAGACCCUGUCUCCACAAAAAAAUUUUUUU